CCUACAUGUCCUGACGUCUGAACUUCGCGUGUGCCAGCGUAUCCGUCCCUCAGUCGCCGGAUAUGCUCGGUAAAUGUGCAGGCGACAGAGGUAUGAGGAGAAGCUCCGACAACGUGACCAUGCGUGCAAACUGUACCCCUCAUGACGGCACAGCGAGAUCGGAUCAGUUAAAGCCGAGGGGCACGCGAUCGCGUCUCUUUUGUGAAAAGACGCGUGAAGAUUUCCUGGCUGUAGAACUUUGCUUUCACAAGAGCUUGUCUAGAGAGCUGCAUACCAAAAGUUGAGCCAAAAUGUCAAACGAGGUCCUCGUAACUGGCGCCGCAGGCUUCGUUGGCCAGGCCCUGGUGUCCGCCCUCAUCAAAUCCAACCCCUCAGCAACCCUCACAAUCACAGAUGUAAUCGAGCCCCCAAUCCCCGCCGACGUGGCAGGAGAAAGCAGCAAGAUCAAUUCUCUGAAAGCCGACCUCACCGACCCGGCGGCAGUGAGCUCUUUGCUCUCGAAGCAGUUCUCAGCUGUCUACCUCCUGCACGGCCUCAUGUCCGGCGGGGCGGAAGCGAACCUCGACCUGGGCCUCAAAGUCAACCUCGAUUCCGUCCGUGCCGUCCUCGACUACCUCCGGAAUAAUUACCCUGGCACCACGGUCGUCUUUACUAGUUCGUGCGCAGUCUACGGCCCGCGCCAGCCUGUUAUCGAGAGCGAAACUGUGCCGAAGCCGCGGACAUCGUACGGCACCGAGAAGCUUAUUAUCGAGUUGCUAGUGGAGGACUUUUCGCGGCGUGGGCUCAUCGACGGCCGCAUUGUGCGACUUCCUACAGUCACAGUGCGACCUGGCGCGCCUUCUGCUGCGGCAUCGAGUUUCGCGUCAGGUAUUGUUCGUGAGACUCUGAAGGGCAUCAAGAAUGUAUUGCCUGUGAGCCGUGAUCUCGAAGUCUGGGUCUGUAGCCCCGCUACGGUGGUGAAGAACCUUGUCAAGGUCAAGGAUGUGCCAAAAGAGAAGUUUGGGGAAUCGAGGGUCGUCAACUUACCUGGUAUCACCGUCACGGUGCAGGAGAUUCUUGAUGCGGUGGAGAAGGUUGGUGGCAAAGAAUCGCUAGCACUCAUCGAAGAAAAGAAGGAUGCCGCCAUCUUGGCUAUUGUGGAGACAUGGGCUGCUCGGUUUGAUGUGAGCAGGGCGUAUGGCUUGGGUUUGGAACCCGAUGGUACGAUUUUAGAGGCCGUUGAGGCAUUUGCGAAGACUCUUAAGGCAUGA